CAGCGGCGGCGGCGGCGGCUCACCUGGGCGCAGCGCGGACCGGGCGCCGCCUCCGGGACGCAGGUGGAGCUGGCAGGGCGCGGGCACCAUGAGCAGCGGCGCCAACAUCACCUAUGCCAGCCGCAAGCGGCGCAAGCCGGUGCAGAAAACAGUAAAGCCAGUUCCUCCUGAAGGAAUCAAGUCAAAUCCUUCGAAGCGACACAGAGACCGACUGAACACCGAGUUGGACCGCCUGGCCAGCCUGCUGCCCUUCCCACAAGAUGUUAUUAAUAAGCUGGACAAACUCUCAGUUCUCAGGCUCAGUGUCAGCUACCUGAGGGCCAAGAGCUUCUUUGAUGUUGCAUUAAAAUCCUCCCCUGCUGACAGGAAUGGAGGCCAAGAUCAGUGUCGAGCACAAUUCAGACAUGGGCUGGACUUGCCGGAAGGAGAGUUCUUAUUACAGGCACUGAAUGGCUUUGUCCUGGUUGUCACUGCAGACGCCUUGGUCUUCUACGCUUCCUCGACUAUCCAAGACUACCUGGGCUUUCAGCAAUCUGAUGUUAUACAUCAGAGCGUCUAUGAGCUUAUCCACACAGAAGACCGAGCUGAAUUCCAGCGCCAGCUUCACUGGCCUCUAAACCCCGCACAGUGCCCAGACUCUGCACAAGGAGUGGAUGAAGCUCAUGGCCUCCCACAACCGCCGGCAGUCUAUUUCAAGGCAGACCAGCUUCCUCCAGAGAACGUUUCUUUCAUGGAGAGGUGCUUCGUGUGCCGCCUGAGGUGUCUCCUGGAUAAUUCAUCUGGUUUUCUGGCAAUGAAUUUCCAAGGGAGGCUAAAGUAUCUCCAUGGACAGAACAAGAAAGGGAAGGAUGGCGCCCUACUUCCCCCACAGCUGGCUUUGUUUGCCAUAGCUACCCCGCUUCAGCCACCGUCCAUCCUGGAGAUUCGAACCAAAAACUUCAUCUUCAGGACCAAACACAAACUGGACUUCACACCUAUUGGUUGUGAUGCCAAAGGACAGCUUGUUCUGGGCUACACAGAAGUAGAGCUGUGCACAAAAGGCUCAGGAUACCAGUUUAUUCACGCUGCUGACAUGCUUUACUGCGCAGAAUCCCACAUCCGAAUGAUUAAGACUGGAGAAAGUGGCAUGACAGUUUUCAGGCUUCUUGCAAAGCACAGUCGAUGGAGAUGGGUCCAGUCCAAUGCACGCUUGAUUUAUAGAAAUGGAAGGCCAGAUUACAUCAUCGCAACUCAGAGACCGCUAACGGAGGAAGAAGGAAGGGAGCACUUACAGAAGCGAAGGACGAUGCUGCCGUUCAUGUGUGCUACCGGGGAGGCUGUACUGUAUGAGAUCUCCAGCCCCUUCCCUCCCAUGAUGGAGUCCUUACCAACCCAGACCAAAAGCAGCACGAGUGGGAAAGACUGGGCUCCCCAGUCAACCCCAAGUACGGAUUCUCUCCACCCCAGUUCCCUGAUGAAUGCCAUGAUCCUACAGGAUGAAUCCGUCUAUCUCUGUCCUGCUUCAGGUCCUGCACCGUUAGACAGCCGUUUUCUCACAGACUCUGUGAAUGAAUGCAGUGGCUGGCAGGAGAGCCUUGCACCGGUAGGGAGUGAGGCUGUGUGGAAACACGAGCAGCUUGGACAUUUGCAGGACACAAGCCUUGCACUCUCUGGAGGUCCUCCGGGCUUCUUCCCAGACAAUAAAAAUAACGACUUGUACAGCAUCAUGAGAAACCUAGGGGUUGAUUUUGAUGAUAUCAGACGCAUGCAGAGUGAGGAGUUCUUCAGGACUGACCUGCCUAGUGAGGUUGACUUCAGAGACAUCGACAUAACAGAUGAAAUCCUGACAUAUGUGCAAGAUUCUCUAAACAAGUCGACCUUGCUGAAUUCAGCCAGCCAGCAACAGCCCGUGACUCAGCACCUAAGCUGUAUGCUGCAGGAACGCCUGCAUUUAGAACAGCAGCAGCAGCUACAGCAGCACCAAACUCAGGCAGUGGAACCCCAGCAUCAGCUGGGUCCUCGGAUGGAACCCCAGCAUCAGCUGGCUCAGAUGGAACCCCAGCAUCAGCUGGGUCCUCAGAUGGAACCCCAGCAUCAUCUGCCUCAGAUAGAACCCCAGCAACAACUGUGUCCUCAGAUGGAACCCCAGCAUCAGCUGUGUCCUCAGAUGGAACCCCAGCAACAGCUGUGUCCUCAGAUGGAACCCCAGCAAGAGCUGGGUCAGAAAAUGCAGCAUAUGCAAGUCAAUGACGUGUUUGCAAGUUGGAACCCCGCCCCUCCUGUGCCUUUCAGCUGUCCUCAGCAGGAAUUGAAACAUUACAAUGCCUUUUCAGACUUACAGGGGACUGUUCAGGAGUUCCCCUACAAAUCUGAGGUGGACAGCCUGCCUUACACACAGAACUUUGCUCCCUGUAAUCAGUCUGUGCUACCACAACACUCUAAGUGUGCACAGUUGGACUUUCCUGGAAAGGGUUUUGAGGCGCCCCUGCACCCCACUACUUCUAAUUUAGAAGAUUUUGUCACUUGUUUACAAGUUCCUGAAAACCAAAGACAUGGGAUGAAUGCACAGUCAGCCGUGGUCCCUCCUCAGGCAUACUAUGCUGGGGCCAUGUCCAUGUACCAGUGUCAGCCAGGGCCUCAGCCCACCCCUGUGGACCAGAUGCAGUACAGCCCUGCAAUUCCAGCCUCCCAGGCUUUUCCAAACAAGUUUCAGAAUCGGGGAGUGUUAAAUGAAACCUAUUCGUCUGAAUUAAACAGCAUUGGUCACACUCAGACUGCUGCUCCUCUUCAUCAUCCAGCAGAAGCCAGGUCUUUUCCUGAUACCACACCCAGUGGAUUCCUGUAGCUUCAAGCCCAGGAUGAAAUUCGUUCAGGAACUGUCAAUGCUGGGCAUCAGCACUCUUUUUCCAAACCAGAUUUGAAUCUUUGUGUUUAGAAAAGGAGUUUAAAAACAUAUUGUCGGUCACCUAUAAAAUGGGAAGCUCCCUGGGAGCAUAGGGAGAGACCACAUGCAUUUACACGGCUUCCGCACGUCGGGCGCCAGGGCUCACGGCAGAGAACUUUAGGACUCUGGAAAGUUGAACUUCUCUGCUCAGUGACUUCAGCCAGAAAAACAGUGAAGUACUUUGAGCUUUGAACUUCAGGAUUCUUGUUAGUAUACCAAAUACAGAGUUAGAGGACUAAUUGAUUUCCUAUAUUUUUAACUUGUUUUUGUCUCAGAUGUUAAAAUAAAUGGUUUGGUGCUUAUAUCAAAAGAAAAAUCUCAAUGUUUUCCUUCUGCACUGUUAAUAUAAGUGCCUCACAUUUUUUUCUAUCUACCUGUAACACAAUAGGGUGUCUAUUUUGUAUAAAUAUUCUUUAUCUUUUUUUGAAUUAAUAUUCUUUCUGCACACAAUUAUUACUGGAGUUUCCUAAGUCCCAUCGUUUUUAUUAAUUCGGGCAUGUUUUUACUGCACUACUUGUCCUCUUUCUUCAGAUAAAGGGCAAAUGAUGACUAAGAGAUAACUAUUUAUUAUGUAAUAUACUUGCUCUGGACUUUGGAUGUUCCUCUGUGCCUUACAUUGAAAAUUUUGAAAAUAACGUGUUACCAAAAUUAUUUAAUUAUUACAUAAAUAUUCAGACAGCAGCACUUACAUUUUAACAGUGUUUUCUGAGAAGCGGCGUUCUGAGAAUGCCACUGUUUGCUCUCACUGACACCUCUAUAUUGAUAACGGAAUACCACAUGUAAAGUGCUCAAGGCAGCCGUGCUCACCAGGCUGCAGGGAAGGGAAGCGGAGUCUGUGUAGCUCUGUAGCUAUUAAGCAAAGCACUCAAUUCAUUCAUUGUGUAUAAAUUGUCUUUAAAAGCUAUGUUGGGUCUGCAAUCCUUUUUGUUAUGUUGACCUUAUAAAUUUCACUUCUUAUACUAGUGGAAGCUAUUAGUUUUUCUCAUAUUUGAGGAGUGUUAAGAUUGAAGAUGCCAUGUUUGGUGCAAGGUAUUUUAAUGAAUGAAAUGAAUGGUGCAUUGCAUAAAUGUAACGAACAAAAUAAUCUGAAAAAUAGUUUCAGUUUCCAUUGAAGACUAGUCCUUACCUCAUAUGCAUAUUUUUUUCAGUGUAUCUUCUUCAGAAAUCAAAUAAUGAGUUGAGGCUUUUGAGCUGGUAUUAAGAUAAAGAUAAAGAUAAUUGGUUCACCUACAUACAUUGUUUGUAUAACUUUUGCUGCCAAUACGGCAAGUUUGUCACUCUGCAAACUUUACUCUUCUAAAAUAGCUUAAAGGAGAGAAAACGCUGGGUCCGUCGUUCUCUGUGCCAUUUACUCAGAUAUGAUAGAUGAAGGACGUGGACCUGGUUUCAUAUAUUGUUUAAAAAUAGGAUGAAAUCCCAAACUGAGAUGUAGUAUUAAAAUACAGCAGUGGUUCUCAAUCUGUAGGUCUUGACCUCUUGGGGGGUCAAACAGUCCUUUCAUAGGAGGCACCAAAGAUCAUCAGAAAACACAGGUAUUUAUAUUAUAAUUCAUAACAGUAGCAAAAUUACAGUUACAAAGUAGCAAUGAAAAUAAAUGCAUGGUUGUGGGUCACCACUACCUGGGGAACUAUAUUAAAGGGUUGCAGCAUUAGGAAGGUUGAGGAACACUGAAAUACAGGCUCUUUUAUUUUUCUUUUAGAAAAUGAAGGUAUGUAAACAUGGCUUCAGGUAAAAGGAUUUUUCAAUUCCAUGCAUUUUCAGUCAAAAUUCUGAAUCUUUAGGAUUAAGCAUUGAGAAACGACUGUCUAAGACAUUUCACAAUUUGCUUCCAGCAUGAGGUAUCACUAAGGGUUUAGACGAGUGGUCUGGGCUUAUGUUCCAUUUUCAUUAAAAGUUGUCAUAGAAACCAUUUUGUCAGUCUGCUACAUGUUAACAAGUGUUCAGUUGAAAAUUACUUUGGACAUUGUAAGUAUGGUAACAUUUAAUUACACACUUAUAAAACUAAAAGUUUUAAAGGCAAUAUAGUGUGUUUUUAUCUAUAUAAAAUAACUAAAACAUCUAAGUAUAAUAAAAUCACAUUAAAUUGAAUAUGCAUUUGUCUGUAUUGAUAAAUGUCAAACAAAAGGAGUUAUUAAAGCGCUUCUGGACCGAGGGAUCAACUUCUAGGUGGAAUCCACAGCUAAGGCUGUGUGUGAGACUGGAGUUCUUCCCAUCCAGCUGUUCUUACACACCUGAGCACUUACCAGUGUGCCAUGUGUUAACCUCUUCCAGUUGUUACUCUGCACAGGCUAGCUUGUUUCAAUGUGAGUAGAUCUUAGGUUUACAGGGCUGCCUGCUGUCCUUCAGACUGUUAUUGCUUACAUAUGCCAUGCAGAGAUUUUUGUUUGUAAUAUCCUUAAAUGUCACAAAGAAAAUGUAAACAGUGAUAUAUGAUAAUAAAAUAACCAAGUAUGAAUAAUGUUUUCA